AUGGCGAAAAGAAAGCGAGAUCUCAACACGAAACCUACAACAAGCACGACAGACAGUCAGAGUAAGAUCGCAAAAGUCGCCAAAACAAAUGGACAUGUAGAUGUCAAGACCGCUGGUCCCGUCAUCCAGAUCAUUGCCGGUUCGUAUGAACGUGUUCUGCACGGCAUUACUGCAUCUAUCUCAAACCUCUCGUCAACCAAAUCUUCUCCGUCAGUCCAGUUUGCAGAUUCUUUUUUGUUCAACGCCCAUGCCUCUGCGGUGCGAUGUUUAGCACUCUCUCCCAUGCCCGAUCCGGACGCUUCGGAAGCUCAGGGCGUGUACCUGGCCACCGGAGGAUCGGACGAGAAGAUAAAUGUUUACAGUCUCUCUGCAUCGCCAAUGACUUUCAACGACAAGAGCCUCCCAAUGCCCUCCUUGGGCAACAAUCCAAUUUCAGAGAACCCGAGGAACAGAGAGCUGGGGACACUCCUACAUCAUUCCUCAACGAUCACGGCAUUGUAUUUCCCCACGAGGUCAAAACUCUUGUCAGGUUCAGAAGACAACACCAUUGCAGUGACCAGGCUCAAAGACCUGACAGUGGUUUCGACAAUCAAGGCCCCUCGUCCCAAAGUACAAGGGCAACCUAGUGGAGAUACUGCACCACCUGGAGCAACCCCUGCCGGCAUAAACGAUUUUGCUGUUCACCCCAGUCUCAAACUCAUGCUCAGCGUCGGCCGGGGGGAGAGAUGCAUGCGCCUUUGGAACCUAGUGACCGGUAAAAAGGCUGGUGUUCUCAAUUUUGGCCGCGAAAUCCUUCAGAGUGUGAAAGAAAGCAAGUACAGUAGCGGAGAGGGAAGGAGAAUCCGUUGGCAUCCUGCCGGGGUUGAGUUCUCCGUCGCAUUCGAGAGAGGUGCUGUCAUUUUCGGCGAGGACUCCAAGGCCAAAUGCAAGGUUUUGCCAGAACCCCUGACGAAAUUGCAUCAAAUAUGCUACUUGUCUUUGCCAGGUCCUUCCGAAGAGAACUUGGCAUUACUAGCUGUAUCGACUGAGGAUGGUCGAGUACUGUUCUACAACACUGACAAACCAAUAACUUCCGCAUCCAAUGAAAUCAGCGGGGACGUACCCUCAAUACCCAAGGCUAGCCUUUGCGCGACCGUGGGUGGAAAGUCGACAGGUGUCAACAAUCGUGUCAAAGACUUCGAGAUCUUAUCUUUUGCAAACGCCCAGAACCAGCAACAGGACCUCGCAAUAAUAACGGCAAGCAGUGACGGGACAAUCCGCAUCUUUCGACUUCCAGUAGCCGAUCUUCAGGCUGCUGCAAACUCUGAUACGACGGUGCAAUUAGGUACGGUAAUCGGCUCCUACGAGACAGGCAAUCGGAUCACCUGCCUUAAAGCCUUUGUUAUGCUGCCAACAUCUGAGAAUGAUGAAACCUUGGGGGUUGGAGAUGAUGACUUUGAGGGCUUCGAUGGAGUAACGGAGGCGAGUGACAGCGAAAGUGGAUGCGAGGAUGAUUAA